UAUAGCCAUGAUGUCAUGAUGGCAAUCAAAAAGGUAGGCAUAUGAAAGAAGGUUUAUAAGCAAUGGACGAUACAGGCUUAACCGCGAAGCAAAAAAUAACCCUUAUCUCUGCGUGGGGUUUGAUAAAGCAAGAAAUCGUUCUUCACAGCCGAAACAUCAUGUUUCUCCUUUUCCGCGAACAUCCUCACUACCUCCCCUACUUCGACUUCAACGCGAACGCCACGCAUCCCAGCCUGGCGGACAAUGAAAGUUUUCACUUGCAUGCUUUGAUGGUGCUGAAUACCAUCGGCACGCUGAUUGAAAACGAUCUCAAGGACCCGCCAGUUUUCCGAGACAGAUUAUUCCGUCUGGCCGAAUCACAUAAAGCUCGUGGAGUGAUGGCAGUGGACAUUGAACUGUUUAGCGAAAUAAUGAUUGCCUACCUCGUGGAAGUGUUGGGUCACCAAGCAGCCAACUCGCUUUCGGAGGCCCUGACCAGGCUGUUCGAACAGUUCGGUGAAGCAUUCGGCAUUCAGGAUUGAAGGAGGGGAUUUAUAAAUAGCGAGCAAUAAACCAUAUCUAUCCUUCGAGAU